AGCACUCAAUGCUCAGCGAGAGGAGGAAGAGCGAGAACACGCGCUCGCGGCCAGCAUAAACCUGCUUCCAUUCAACACAGCAGCGAGAAGAGGUGGAGUGUAUGAAAACUGGUCAUGUCAGGACAGAGAAAAGGAGCUUCAGCACGUCUUCGGAAAUGUGCCUUCUGUAGAACCAACAGAGAUAAGGAGUGUGGUCAGUUACUGGUGGCAGAGAGCCACAGGGUGGCAGCCCACCACAAGUGCAUGCUAUUCUCAUCAGCCUUGGUCACAUCUCAUUCAGACAGUGAAAACAUCGGAGGCUUUUCUAUUGAAGAUGUGAAGAAGGAGAUAAAAAGAGGAAAUAAACUAAUGUGCACUUCCUGUCACCGGCCUGGGGCGACCAUCGGCUGUGAUGUAAAAACAUGUAGAAGGACGUACCAUUACUAUUGUGCUCUAUGGGAUAAAGCCCAGACCAAGGAGAAUCCCUCUCAAGGCAUCUAUCUUGUUUACUGUCGCAAACACAGAGAUGCCUCUCAAGAUGGCAGUGAUGAUGAACAGGGAGUUGCAGCCAAUGAUUCGGAUUCAUCUCCACCGAGGAGCAGAGGAAGGGGGCGUUUCGAGAAAAGCAGAAUCAGAGGUGUAUCUCGCGGACAGUCAGAUGACACCCGAUCCACGUCGUCGCAAGGCAAUGACGAUACAGAAAGCUCCUCGCAUCGAGACCGGUCUCCUCUGAGAGGCAGCCCUGGUGAUUCGGGUCUUCGAUGUGGUUUUUGUCAUGCCGGUGAAGAAGAGAAUGAAACGCGUGGUGUGCUACACUCCGACAAUGCCAAGAAAGUUGCUGCCCACUACAAAUGCAUGCUUUUUUCUUCGGGUACUGUCCAGCUAACUACCAGCUCUCGUGCCGAAUUCGGGAACUUUGACAUUAAAACAGUCAUCCAGGAAAUCAAGAGAGGAAAAAGAAUGAAAUGCACGCUCUGUGCCCAACUCGGAGCCACCAUUGGAUGUGAAAUAAAAGCUUGCGUGAAGACCUACCAUUAUCACUGUGGCCUGCAAGACAAGGCCAAAUACAUAGAGAACAUGGCGAGAGGAAUUUACAAGCUGUAUUGUAAGAAUCACAGUGGAAAUGAGGAAAGGGAUGAGGAAGAUGAGGAGAGGGAAAGUCGUAGUAGAGAGAAAGCUGCUAUUGACAACAGAGCAGAUCCUCCAUCGCAGGUCAACGGCAACUAGGAGAUGGUGCAUGAAGACGGGAGACAUGACGGGGAUAAAAGAAAUAUUUUUGUAUAAUCCUCAACUAGAAACUAGAAAGGGGCCAGCUCACGAUAUCUUCAGUUUUCCUCUCUUUGACAGUAUUUCAUGGACAUUGUGAGUGAGAAUGUAAGUUCAAUAUCAGAUGAUAUCGAUAUGUUACUGCAGUGUAAACCCUAACUUAGCUGGAUAGAUUUUAUUUAAGCAUAUGGUAUAUUAAUACUUCAAACCAUAUGAAUGGACGGCUGGAACAGUGUCAUCUGUUUGUGCUCAACCCUCCACUUUCCUCUAUGGCUGGACCCACACUGAGAAAGACUGAUCCUGGACUGUUUAUAGCGCAUCUCUUUCAAACCAUCAUGUUUAAUAAGCCUUUUAAAGUACUCUUUCAUGAAAGCUCUCUGUUUUUUCCUCUUUCUCUUUCAACAUGUAUUAUAUUUUAUUACUGUAUUAUACUCAUGAGUAAUAUUGGAUAUCAGUGGUUUUCUUUAUAGUACUGGACAGGAUUAAAGAACAUUGGCUAGCAUGCACUUUUCUUUA